GGAGCCGGACCCCCGCAGAACCCGUCCGAAGCCUCACCGAGAGAUCGAAAGCCAUGGCCAGUAGGGCCGUCCGAAGCCUCAGGCUGAGAACCGGAUCCGCGAAGGUCCAGGUGCGCAGCUUCACCAGCUGGUGGCACAGGUGGGUGGACGGCAAGAAUCCCGACAACCCGCAGGCUGCGGAGGUCUCUGAUUGGUUGAGGGAGCAGAAGAUCGACCCGUACUUGAUCCCUCGGGAUGAGAUAGAGGACUGGCGGAGGCAGUACCUCAUGCGAAAGCACUACCCCGAGUAUGACGUGGACAAGACCAAGCCGGAGGCGGAGCAGCAGGCUGAGGCGGAGGACCCCUGGGGCCGGCUCUGCAAGCGCAAAGGUCAUGUGGUGCAACGGUGGCAGCGAAUGUACCCCUUGAGCGAGUGAUCGAGCGAUUGAGCGGCCGGCGCGGCAAGGAGCGCUUCCUUGAGUCUCAAUGGCACGCUUCCAGAGGGUAAUC